GAAAGAAGAAGAGAGACUUGCCGAACAAAACAAAUGGUGACUAUGAAAAUUCGGAGAAAGAAAGACCUCGACUUUUGCUUUUGGGCUUUGCAGUUGCAGAGAUCUCAUCAUCAGAGUCGCGAACCAGAAAAUGGUGACUCGGAGCUUUCAGGUUCACCACAAUGACUCCACUUUCGGCGUUGACUUUGAUACGGACGAUGGCCUCGAAGUUUUCAAACUCCAGCUCUUAUCUCUCACCUCCAUCCCUCCGGACGAGCAAAAGUUAAUUGGAAUGGAUGAAAAUCGUGUCGUUUCGGAUAAGUCCGACCUCGUUGCUAUCUCUGAGAAGCUCCGACUGGUUUCGAUCAAUGAGGAGCAACAAGAAACUUCAACUGCUGAAAACGAUGAAUUGCUGAAAUCCGAUGAGGAAUUGGCCAGAAUGUUGCAGGCAGAGGAGUGCGCUGCCCCUGAAGAUAAUGGAAAGGUUGAGGGAAGACUACGCACUUAUGUCAGUAUAGUUCUCAUGUAUGAGGACCUGGAACGCCAGGAGGCUGCUCGGAAAACAGUUCCUGUUGAAGAGCUGGAGGAGAAAGCAUUGGUCAGUUUGGCCAAGGAGGGGAAUUUAACUCCAUCAAAAAAUGAACAAGACCAUGCUUUCCUGCUGCAGCUGCUUUUCUGGUUCAAACAAUCUUUCAGGUGGGUAAAUGCUCCUCCCUGUGAUGGUUGCAGCAAAGAAACCGUACUUCAUGGGAAGGUGGAUCCACUUCCUUCAGAAAUUCGACAUGGAGCUUCUCGAGUUGAGAUCUAUGGAUGCAAUUUUUGCCCUAUAGGGUCUCGUUUCCCACGCUACAAUGAUCCAUUGAAGCUUGUGGAAACAAGAAGUGGGCGUUGUGGGGAAUGGGCCAAUUGCUUUACGCUUUAUUGCCGAGCUUUUGGAUAUGAAUCCCGCCUGAUCUUGGAUUUCACAAAUCAUGUUUGGACAGAGUGCUUCUCACAAUCUUUGGGAAGAUGGUUGCAUCUCGAUCCUUGUGAAGGAGUGUAUGACAAUCCAAUGUUAUAUGAAAGCGGGUGGAACAAGAAAUUAACUUACGUAAUUGCCAUCACUAAAGAUGGUGUUUGUGAUGUAACCAAACGAUAUACGAGGAAGUGGCAUGAGGUUAUUUCUCGACGUAACAUCAUUACAGAGACUGCACUGUCAGCUGUGGUUGCUAAUGUAACAAAAGACUGCCGAAGAGGGUUUACCUCUCAAGUGCUUUCUGUACUUGAAGACCGUGACGAGAAGGAGAGGCAAGAACUCGAAAGAGGUUUACAUUCUACAGACAAUGCCUCAACCUCAUUACCAGGGAGACUAAAUGGGGACAAGGAGAAGGCUGUAGGGAUCCCAAGAGUUAAACUUGGAAGUCAGGGAUUUGAGGUCUCAAAAGUGGGGUUUGGAUGCAUGGGCCUGAGUGGGGUCUACAACUCGCCUGUCCCUGAUGAGGAUGGCAUCUCCAUAAUAAAACAUGCUUUCAGUAAAGGAAUCACUUUCUUUGACACAGCUGAUGUAUAUGGACCUCAUUUGAAUGAACUUCUUCUUGGGAAGGCCUUGAAGCAGUUGCCAAGGGAAAAAGUUCAAGUGGCCACAAAGUUUGGUAUUACUGGAAGACCUGAUCCUCCAAGAAUUACAGUGAAGGGCACUCCUGAGUAUGUCCGCUCAUGCUGUGAGGCUAGCCUCAAUCGUCUUGGCGUCGACUACAUUGAUCUGUAUUAUCAGCACCGGGUGGACACAAUGGUGCCUAUAGAGGAAACCGUAGGUGAGCUCAAGAAACUGGUGGAAGAAGGAAAAGUAAAGUAUAUUGGGUUAUCUGAAGCCAGCCCGGACACAAUAAGGAGGGCACAUGCAGUUCAUCCCAUCACGGCUUUACAAAUUGAGUGGUCCCUCUGGACUCGUGAUAUUGAGGAAGAGAUUGUUCCACUUUGCAGGGAGCUUGGCAUUGGAAUAGUUCCAUAUAGUCCUCUUGGUCGUGGUUUUUUCGGAGGCAGAGGAGUUGUGGAAAGUGUGGCUGCAAAUAGUUUUGUGGCCAACCAUCCCCGGUUUGUAGGAGAGAACAUAGACAAGAACAAGAAUAUUUACCAUCGAAUAGAAAGCCUUGCUAAAAAGCAUCAAACCUCUCCUGUUCAACUAGCACUAUCAUGGGUUCUCCACCAAGGAAAUGAUGUUGUGCCUAUCCCGGGGACAACAAAGAUUAAGAACCUGGAUUCAAAUAUUGGCUCCUUGGGGGUGAAACUCAAGGAAGAAGACAUCAAAGAAAUUUCUGAUGCUGUACCAAUUAACCAAGCCGCAGGUGAUAGCGAUAGCGGAAUCCUGAUGCAGUGGCAAUGGAAGCUCGCCAACACUCCUCCAAAACAUUCAAAGUCUGAGCUUUAAGACAUGGACACUUUUCCAUCUGAGUCUUGGGACUUCAAUGAUAAUGUACUUUGUUCAAUUGAUUGCAAAUCAAACUUGUGUUGUAUACUAAUACUGUAGACAAACCCUAUCACCAGUAAAUUCCACUACAAUUAAUUGCUCUCA